UUUUUCUUCUUCCCACGUUACUUCAAGCGCUUAUAUACAUUAAUUUCCAUCCCCAGUCUAAAAAUGGCUGGUCGGGGCAAGACUCUCGGAUCCGGAGCGUCAAAGAAGGCAACAUCGAGGAGUAGUAAGGCCGGGCUUCAGUUUCCGGUUGGUCGAAUUGCUCGGUUCCUUAAAGCCGGGAAAUAUGCUGAACGGGUCGGAGCUGGAGCUCCGGUUUACCUCGCUGCCGUUCUUGAAUAUCUUGCCGCUGAGGUCCUUGAGCUUGCUGGAAACGCAGCCAGAGACAACAAGAAAACCCGAAUUGUGCCGCGUCAUAUCCAGCUUGCCGUAAGGAACGAUGAAGAGCUGAGUAAACUACUGGGUGAUGUGACCAUUGCCAACGGUGGUGUAAUGCCCAACAUCCAUAACCUUCUCCUCCCAAAGAAAGCUGGAACCUCCAAGGCAUCCGGUGGUGAUGACGAUUAGAUUA